AUGUUUACUUAUCAAGAUUGCAACUACUCUUUCUGGCUGAACGGCGAUGGUGAAUGUACGGAAUCGCACUCCUUAAACGCCGAUAUGCCGCCAUACCAAAUGAACUGCGAGCAGGCUGAGACCUCGGCUGUUGGGGCACUUUCAAAUAUCUAUUACGAUGGCCACCCGUCUCUUCCACAAGAUAAUGCAUCCAUCUCAAUUGCCAUGUCAGAGCCGCCUGACACCAUGUGCUGCGGAAGCACCAGCUCAACAGACGACUUCGACUUCGAUCAGUCCUAUCGUCGGCUUGUUCAAAAUGCCAAUUCACUUCGGGGAGACGUCUACUUUCAAUCGUGUCAACAUCUAUCUUCAAAAGCACUAACAAAUCAGCGGCAAAAGCCAAACACUCUUUCAAGUGUCAAAACACAAGAAGGCGCCCAUGGUACCAAUUUGCGAAAGACAUCGGACAGAGACUUUGAAAUGGAGAGAGAGCUGCGUCGACUAAGAAAUAACGAGGCUUCGCGGCGCUCAAGGCGGGAGAAGAAGCGCCGUUUUCUUGAAAUUGAGCGUCGCGUAGAAGAGAUGAAAGCCUCUAAUAAACGUCUCUCGGAUUUCGUAUUGGAGUUGGAUUCCAUCAUUGAGGAGGCAAAGGCAAUGCUCCUUGCCGUGCGAACGCCCGGAGAGCCCUGCCCGCCCGCUCUAGGUGGCCACCUCUUUCCUCGUCUUCAUCCUGACUUCUCAAAUUCAUUUCAUUAUGAAGCUUCGACGACUUCGGACACUAAAUACCAUCCUCGUUGCACAAUGGACACCUGUUUUGAUAGCUCACGUUGUUUAAAAUUUAAGGUCUACGUCUAUCCUGAUGAUCCACGCGCCCCAAAAGUGUCCGGAAACUACCAAAAAAUCCUAGAUGCAAUUAGACGAUCACCGUUUUAUACUGCGAACCCAAGAGAAGCCUGUCUGUUUGUUCCAAGUCUUGACACGCUUGAUAGAGACCCCCGCAGUUUCCAAUAUAUUCCGGAUCUCCACAGGCGUUUAAACCGGCUACCAUAUUGGACCUCGCAGCCGAAUAAACGAUCCCGAUCCGGUAUGAACCAUCUCCUUUUCAUCCUCUUUCCUGGGAGCUGGCCCAACUACGAUAUCGACGAACUACGGAUGGACGUGGGGAACGCGAUGUUAGCUCGUGCCUCGGCGUCGAAAGUGCGCAUGCGAACGGGUUUUGACAUUUCUUUUCCCCUCGUAACCUCGAAUUAUCCCGAGGCAGGUCAACCGCCACGCUAUCCAUUCACCGAAGAUGCCCGCGUCAGGCUUAAUCUGCUCACCAGUUUCAAAGGAAAGCGGUAUGUGGUUGGCAUAGGAUCGGAGACUCGAAAUGCUCUCUAUCACAUUCACAAUGGGAAGGAUAUAAUUAUGGCCACGACUUGUAAACACUUGCAAAAUUGGAACCUCUAUGCUGAUGCUCGUUGUGCAGUCGACAAUGCCUACUACGAAACGGUCUCGUACGAAGAACUACUUCAUAAUUCCACUUUCUGCCUCGUUCCCCGUGGUCGACGUCUUGGUUCUUUCCGGUUCCUGGAGGUACUGGAAGCGGGUUGCAUUCCGGUGCUUCUGGCCAACGAUUGGGAGUUGCCCUUCUCAGAGGUUAUCGACUGGAGUCAAGCGGCUGUCAUAGCGGACGAGCGGACGCUCUCCCGACUGCCCGACCUACUGCGCAACUUGCCCGACAGCCAAAUAGUCAAGAUGCGUGAGCAAGUACGCUUCAUCUGGAGUAGUUACUUCCGCUCCGUCGAUGCUAUCGUCCAUGUCACACUCAUGUCUAUUCGUGACCGUUUAACGUUGCGCCAAAAGAAUUAUGAUAUCUGGAAUAGAAGACCAGGUGGUGUAGUGUUCUCUGAGUCAACCACCAUCAACGGUUGCGAGUAUCCAUCGCCGAGUCUCCCUGUGAAGUGUCAAGAUGACAUAAACAAAGGCUUCACUUUGAUGAUUACAAUUCGUCAGCCUUUCUGUGCAGACUUCAUGGAGCGCUCGGGGAAACUUGCCUCCGUGUUUGUGCGAUCUCGACACCUCAAAAAGGUUAUCAUAGUGUGGCAAUGCAGCAACCAACUACCGCCCUCCACCGAAAAGCUCUCGGCGGAGGUGUUCAACGGUCUGCCUGUCUCCCUCUCCUUUGCACCACUAUCCAAAACCCAGUCUUCCACGACCUCCACAAUCCCCUCUCCCUCUAAUCGCUUCCUACCCGCUCACAAAGACAUCCCCACCAUUGCUGUUUGGAGUGCUGAACUGGACGUUGCCAAUUCUUUGAAUUUACAUCAAAUUGAUUCUGCCUAUGCACUGUGGCUGCAACACCCCAAUCGCCUGAUUGGAUUCACUGCUCGUACGCAUGUCUGGGAUAGCAAGAUGGGCGCCUGGAACUACUUCGUCAAUGCCUCUUCCCACGGCAACUUCUCGAUGGUCCUUCUUAAUGCCGCCGUUUAUCAUAGAUACUAUCACACACUGUACUGGAGCCUGACGACGCCCAAAAUGCGAGAGACUAUUGACACCCUGGCCACAGGAGAGGACAUUCUGUUCAACUGCGUGGUAGGCUACGCAACUCAGUCAGCACCGCUCCUCUUGACUGUCGGGGGCGCGCGCUCCUCAGUGUCCGCUGAGGCUUUUAGUGACUUGGUCAACUACAUGGGCGGAUCGACUCUGGACGUCAAUCAGCACUCCCAAAUCACACCAAGCGUGGUGCUCACCUAUCGGCACACCUGUCUGCGAGCCUUUGCCAACCGCUUUAGCUCCCUUUACAACACGGCUUUCGCCAAUCCUCAGGCUGGGCGGCACUUUGGUCUCAUGAACUCCACAAAUACCUCGUUCCUUCCUCUCUACUAUAGCAACCAUCGGCAAUCGGGCAUGCUAUUUGCUGCUGGAAUCACCGUAAUAGGGUAA